CUUUGCACAGAGCAAACAGGAAAGAGCUGUUCUUAGCCCAGAGAGGAGGGGACCGCUACGCCUGCAGGAGCAGCUGGGUAGAGGACACAGGAACUGUUCAGUUACGUGAACGAUGGAAACAAUAUUUAGCAGAAACAAAGAAGAACAUCCAGAGCCCAUAAAAGCUGAGGUGCAAGGUCAGUUGCCCACUUGGUUGCAAGGAGUACUUCUCCGAAAUGGCCCAGGGAUGCACACAAUAGGGGACACUAAAUACAACCACUGGUUCGAUGGCUUGGCACUGCUGCACAGCUUCACAUUUAAAAAUGGUGAAGUUUACUACAGAAGUAAGUACCUCCGAAGUGACACGUACAACUGCAAUAUAGAAGCAAACCGAAUCGUGGUGUCUGAGUUUGGAACCAUGGCUUAUCCGGAUCCAUGCAAAAACAUAUUUGCCAAGGCAUUCUCAUACUUAUCUCACACCAUUCCUGAGUUCACGGACAACUGCCUGAUCAACAUUAUGAAAACUGGGGAUGAUUAUUAUGCUACAAGUGAGACUAACUUCAUCAGAAAAAUUGAUCCACAGACUCUGGAGACACUAGAGAAGGUAGACUACAGCAAAUACGUAGCUGUAAACUUGGCAACUUCUCACCCACACUAUGACAGUGCUGGAAAUAUUCUCAACAUGGGUACUUCAAUUGUUGAUAAAGGGAGAACAAAGUAUGUUCUCUUUAAGAUCCCUUCCUCUGUACCAGAAAAAGAAAAGAAGAAAUCUUGUUUUAAACAGCUGGAAGUAGUGUGUUCCAUCCCUUCUCGCUCCCUGCUCCAACCAAGCUACUACCACAGCUUUGGAAUCACAGAAAAUUAUAUUGUGUUCAUAGAGCAGCCAUUCAAACUGGAUAUUGUCAAACUGGCAACUGCCUACAUCCGAGGUGUGAACUGGGCUUCCUGCCUUUCCUUUCAUAAGGAGGAUAAGACGUGGUUUCACUUUGUAGACAGAAAGACAAAAAAAGAAGUAUCCACCAAGUUUUACACUGAUGCUCUGGUGCUUUAUCACCACAUCAAUGCUUAUGAAGAAGAUGGACAUGUUGUUUUUGAUAUCGUUGCCUACAGAGACAAUAGCUUGUAUGACAUGUUUUACUUAAAAAAAUUGGACAAAGACUUUGAAGAGAAUAACAGACUUACCUCCAUCCCAACCUGCAAGCGGUUCGUUGUGCCUCUGCAGCAUGACAAGGAUGCAGAAUUAGGUUCUAAUUUAGUCAAGCUUCCAACUUCUGCAACUGCUGUAAAAGAAAAAGAUGGCAGCAUCUAUUGCCAACCUGAAAUAUUAUGUGAAGGGAUAGAGCUGCCUCGUGUCAACUAUGACUACAAUGGCAAAAAAUACAAGUAUGUCUAUGCAACAGAAGUCCAGUGGAGUCCAGUUCCUACAAAGAUUGCAAAACUGAACGUCCAAACAAAGGAAGUGCUGCACUGGGGAGAAGAGCACUGCUGGCCCUCAGAGCCCAUCUUCGUUCCCAGUCCCGAUGCAAGAGAAGAGGAUGAAGGUGUUGUUUUGACCUGUGUUGUGGUGUCUGAGCCAAAUAAAGCGCCCUUCCUACUCAUCUUGGAUGCUAAAACAUUCAAAGAAUUGGGCCGAGCCACAGUCAAUGUAGAAAUGCACCUGGACCUGCAUGGAAUGUUUAUACAGCAGAAGGAUUUGGAGGCCAAGAUGGAAUAAAACACUAUUAAUCCGAUCACACAAACUGAGACAACUUUCUACUGAAUGUGGGAUAACAUGCCUUUUAUCAUUCAAGAACAACCAUGUUAUGACACAAAAUGACUAUAUGUAAUCUUUUUAAUAAUAGAUAUAAUACUUUUAAGACGCAGCAAUGACUUUUACUGCAGGUAACAAUAUGCACAACUGGCAUAUAACUAUUCCAAAAGAAGAAUGAUCGGUAUUUCAGAAGUGCUAAUGUUGUACAUAACUGUGGUAGAGGGAACAGGAGAGGAAGGUAAUGAGGAUAUUUAAGUAGAAUAUGGAUUUCUGAGCCAAUGAAGUACAGUAUUUAUAGUGUGAUACAUGGCAUGAAUCUCAUGGGUCUGCAGCUCAUGUAUCUUUUAGAGAUCAUUUCAAGAUUGCAGCUUGUGAUGCAAGUUUUCUCCAGCCAGAAAACCUCAUUUUAAACCACCUGCGACUGGUAAUUCAUGCCAAUGCAUUUUCUUGGUGCUUAAUUUCCACUAUAACCAAAGUUAAGUAUUACAUUCAGGUGCUACAACUUUCUAAUUUACAACCGAAGCAAACAAGCAAACAAAACUUGCUUUGCUAAGAAUCCCACAGUGUGUUUUUUCUUCCAAGUACAUAUGGUUUGAUGUAGCAUUCUAAAUACUAGAUAGUGCUCUUCUAUCCUAAUGCCAUAAGCAAUUUGUAUUUAAAUCAGUUUUCCUUGAGAAUAUCUGACAUAAUGCUUAUUGUAAUUAGAUGAGUGUGUUGUCGAAAGAUGAACAGAAAUGUAUCUCUUAUUAAUAUUAUUAAUCGUGUUACUAAUGCUAUGCAUAUGAAUGAGAGCAAUAUAUUUAUAGGAGAACUCAGAUGUACAUUCAACAGUUUCUUUAGUGUAUUUACUGAUGGAAGCUGAAUCAUUAACAAGGGAGAAACCUGGGUAUCCAUCCAUCCAUCCAUCCAUCCAUCCAUCCAUCCAUCCAUCCAUCCAUCCGUCCAUCCAUCUAUGCCAGGCGUUCACCCGGUCUGCACGUGUCACCACACCAUCUGGGUAUCUCCCACUUUAACAUUCCUGUUCUCAGUGUUUCUGCUGCUCAUUGUAUUUUGCAGUAGAGAAACAAAAUGAAGUCACUAUCAUUUACUAUUGCCCUGUCACGUGAGAACAACUGGGCUUUGGUGCCUUGUUCUUGAGCAGCAAUAGAACCAACGCCAUCCACAGUUCUUGCUUGCUCUGUUACGACUCCCUUUGCUGUCUUUGUAGUUUGCUUGUAUAAAGAAUGCACUGCCUAAUUUUAAUGUUAAAAAGUCACUUGGGUCAGAUCUGGAGCUUAAGUAAGCAGUUUGGGGCUUUCAAAUGUUUAUAUGAUCCAUAAAAUGGAAAUAAACACCUCUGCAAUAUGUGUCUGCAGGAAUAGUGA